AUUUCGUUUAGUUGAGUAAAUGCCACGUCUUAUUCCCAGCCACCAGCAGCACCAACGCAGGCAGAAAUACUGGUAGUUCUGGACGCAGGACGAACGGUUAUCAAGUGGCCGACAGUCAGUGAUAUCUGACACUAUCUGGGCUUUAAUAUGGGCUGUGUACAUCUGCUGAUACUGACGCUGGCCACUUCUGCAGUACUGCUGUUAGCCUGUCAUUCAGCCACUGCUCAUAGCCAUUCCCAUGGUGAACAUGGGCACACCCACUCCCACGGCCACUCCCACGGAGAGGAUGAUCACCAUGGGCACUCCCACGGCCCUCAGGUGAAGAUGUUCCAUGGAGCAAGUAAGUGGAGCGCUGAGGCCAACCUUCCUCUGCAGGAAGAGGAUCAUGGACACGGGCACGCUCAUGAUCACGGGCACGCUCAUGAUCACGGACACGCUCAUGAUCACGGACACGGGCACGCUCAUGAUCACGGGCACGGGCACGCUCAUGAUCACGGGCACGGGCACGCUCAUGAUCACGGGCACGUUCAUGAUCACGGGCACGCUCAUGAUCACGGACACGGGCACGCUCAUGAUCACGGACACGGGCACGCUCAUGAUCACGGGCACGCUCAUGAGAAUGUUGUUCGAGUACACAAGGAGGGAGGUGGACAGUCACAUGGAGGUGAGAGGGCGAGGAGGGAGACAGUGGGAGAGAAGAGGAACAUGGUGGAGCUCUGGACACAGGCUGUUGGAGCCACCCUGCUGAUUAGUGCGGCUCCUUUCCUCAUCCUGUUUCUGAUCCCAGUUCAGUCCAACAGCGACCAGCACCAGAAUCUGCUCAAAGUGCUGCUGAGCUUCGCCUCUGGUGGGCUGCUGGGUGACGCCUUCCUCCACCUCAUACCGCAUGCUCUCGAGCCCCACUCACAUCAUGGAGAUGGAGAUCAUGGACACUCACAUGCAAGUAAAGAGUCACAUGACCACGGCCACUCUCACGGAGCUGCCCACGGUCACAUGAUGUCUGUGGGUCUUUGGGUUCUUGGUGGGAUCAUCGCCUUCCUAGUUGUGGAAAAAUUUGUGCGUCUGCUGAAGGGAGGGCAUGGCCAUGGACACUCUCACGCUGCUCCCAAAGAGAAGGACAGUGAUGGAGAGGAAGAAAAGGAAAAGAAGAAGAAAGAGAAGAAAGAAAGUAAAGAUGAGAAGACAUCAAAGAAAGAGGAGAAAAAGAGGACAGAUAUCAAGGUGUCUGGUUACCUGAACCUGGCAGCUGACUUCACACAUAAUUUCACUGAUGGUUUGGCCAUCGGUGCUUCCUUCCUGGUUGGUCCAGCAGUGGGGACUGUCACCACCCUCACCAUCCUGCUCCAUGAGGUCCCACAUGAGAUUGGAGACUUUGCCAUCCUCAUCCAGUCUGGCUGCACCAAGAGGAAGGCCAUGUGUCUACAGCUGCUGACAGCCCUGGGAGCUCUGGCCGGGACGGCUUGCUCCCUGUUCGCUGAAGGCGUGGGCGCCGCCGCCACCGCCUGGAUCCUGCCCUUCACAGCCGGAGGGUUCGUUUACAUCGCCACAGUGACGGUGCUCCCAGAGCUGCUGGCGGGCCGCUCCAGUUUCGGCCAGUCUCUGAUGGAGAUUGUGGCCCUGCUGUUCGGAGUCGGCAUGAUGGUGUUGAUCGCAGAGUACGAGUGAGGCUCUGCAGAGCGGACAGACUUCUUACAGCGUGAGGUGGGGAUGCAGAAACGGAGAGGAAAGGGGUCAAAUGGUUUAAAAACGCAGGGAUCAUGAGGACUGUAUCUGUCAAAGUUGUGUUUUCUUAUUUUGUUUUUAAGUUGUAUUUUGGCACAAAAAUCAAUGGAAAAUGAAUAUUUUGUUGUCAAGUGUUUUUUUUUUGUUUGUUUUUAAGCAGUUCAUGCGCACAUCCAUGAUUUGUGUCACUACUUUGUGUUUUUUUUGAGAAGGAUUGUGAGCACUUCUCCAGUGUUAACACCUCUCCACUAAAGAAACUGACAGCUGGAAAAAGAACAUCAGAUUUUUGAAGAGGAGAAGAAGAAGAAGAAGGAGGGCCUCCAUCAGGGCAGGUGCAGCAGGAGGUGGACUCCUUCUGUACACCAGUCUCAGAAUCCACUUGUCAUCCACCUGCAGUCUAACUACAUGCUGAGCUGACAAUAACUUCCCUCCAAAAGUGGCUUAAGUCAAAGACAUUUUCCAUCUGAAUCCAUAUCUGUUUAUGAAGUGACAGGUCCUCCAUUCAUUUCAGAGUUUGGUCAGUGAAAGAGUGGAGAAUAGUGGUGAGCAGUGACCUGCUCAGUUCUCAGUUGUUUAAUGUCUGCUUAGUUUGAAUGUACCAACUCAAUAUUUUUACAUUCCACACAAUAAAAGUAAAUGUGGCUUUUA